CGCUCUGAGCCACAGUCGCCCGCAGCGAGGCGCGCAGUGCCCAACGCUGUCCCGGCGCAGCCGCCCGAACCCGAGCCGACUCGCCCGCCAGCCCGCGCGCCGGCCGUGCGUCCUCGGGGCUCGCCCGUCCGCCCCCCAGACAGACAGCCCGACCCCGCCCCGACCCCGCCCGCCCUCUGGACCCUGGCCGCCGGGAGUGGAGACCGGAGGUGAGCGCCGGAACCGAGUGAGUGAGCGCGGCGAGGGUGGCCCGCUUUCAUUCCCUUUGCGCCCCUCUAAUAACCAGUCCCGCGACCCCUGCGCCCGUCCCCGAUCCGCGCGCCCAGCCUCCGGCUGCGAAAGAACUCUGGCCGAACUUCUCCCAGCCAAAGCUGCUCCUCAGCGCUUCGGAAAGUUUCUCGCAAAGAACUUUCUCUUUUGAUUUGGGGCGCGAAAGGGUCCCGGUGACGGAGAGGGCGGGCUCCGGCUCCUCCGCCGGCUUCGGAGCCCUGCUCCUCUCCGCCCUGGGCACCUGCUCACCUCUCCCGGAGCGGGCGUGGGGAGGCGGGUGCGCGGGGGUGGCCGAGGCUCUCCGGCUCGCUGUCCCGCUCAUCCUUCGCUUCGUCCCGGGCACCGCUGUUGCCAAGCCCAGCCUUCCCGGGCCCCGCGGAGAGGCACCGAGGCCGGGUGCCGGCGGAAGGGCUGCCCCAGGAGCCGGACCGAAUGAAUGGGAAAGGGACGGGCGAGCGGGGGUCGCGGGCGCGGCCGCUGGGGGUCGCCCUGCGCACCCUGGAGCGCUGCGCCGCGGGACCGCGCGGGAGCCUGGAGCGAAAGUUAGUUGGGAUGAGUUUCGAGGUGGCGAGCGCUCGUGUUGCUGUCCUGGGACGGACGGCGGAGAGGGCUCCUGGCACAGGCUGGUGUCCAACCCCUGGGCGGGAGACUUCUUGUCCCAAGGCUCUCACACGCUUUUCUCGCGUACCUGUGACUCUUCCUCCGGCGGGUCCGCGGGUUUCUCUGCCUUUCGUCUACGGAGACCCACCUUGGAGGAAGCAAGGUUUGGGUCUCGAUAUUUCUUUCAGCAAAAUGAUGCUUCAACAUCCAGGCCAGGUCUCUGCCUCAGAAGUCAGUGCGUCCGCCAUCGUCCCCUGCCUGUCCCCUCCUGGGUCACUGGUGUUUGAGGAUUUUGCUAACCUGACACCCUUUGUCAAGGAAGAGCUGAGGUUCGCCAUCCAGAACAAGCACCUCUGUCACCGGAUGUCCUCUGCACUGGAGUCAGUCACCGUCAGCGGCAGCCCCCUGGAGAUGGCAGUCACGAAAACCGAGCGAUUCUUCGAUUUGCAUUCUUCGUUCGUGCGUACGUAUGGAGAGGUGUCAUGCAGGAGGCUGGGACUUGACUUUGUCAGCCCCCCUCACCCGGCGGCUGUCCUGGUUUGCCAUUUUGCUGCAAAGAAAGGCAGUGUAUUUAAGGAGUCAGAGAAGCUGGAGAGCGUGAACGCCGAACUGAAGGCCCAAAUCGAGGAGCUCAAGAACGAGAAGCAGCAUUUGAUAUACAUGCUCAACCUUCAUCGGCCCACGUGUAUUGUCCGGGCUCAGAAUGGGCGGACUCCAGAAGAUGAGAGAAACCUUUUUAUCCAACAGAUAAAAGAAGGAACAUUGCAAAGCUAAGCAGUCAUGGUAUGGGGGCAACUGGGGAGUCCUCAUCGAAACCUUCUACAUCCCAAACCCUGAAGCCAUUGGAGAUCUGACUUCCUGUGCACCUCUCGUGAAGACCCAUCGAGGCGGAAAAGCCCUUGGUGACUCAGCUGGGCCUUUCCUCUCUGCACCAGAGUGGACUUUGGACCAGGACAAGGGCAUCUUUUUGUCUCAAUGCCAGGAUUUAGGCCUUAACAUUACUGGCUAUUCUUGGAUGCUGCAGAUGGCCCCUGUUCAGGGUCCUGCCCAUCUUCUGCCUGGAUUCUACCAAAACCAGGACUCUCACCAUUAGGACUCAUGCUGAAGAAGUGUCUGUACCUUGGGUGGGUGGAGUGGGGCCGCGUCCUGCACUGCCUCGGCCACUCGCAGGGGACACAGAGGGAGAACAGCAUUUAACAGCGUUGUACAAUGGCCAGGGUUGUGCUUUCUAGCAAACAUGCUAUUAUGUACCGGAAUUACUGUGUGCAAAGCGUCUGUGUGAAAGCUAGGCAUUGUGCUCUCCUGAUGUUUGUUUUGCACAACACCCGGUGUGAUUUUCCUCAGAUCUGGUUUCUGAGCGUGUGGGGGUGGCGAGCACCAUAGGCAGGGUCUUACAGAAUGUUGAGGUGGCCAGAAGAGCUUGUCCGCCCCGGGAGAACAGAAUUCUGCUGGCGAGCAGGGCAGUUUUGUGUCAACAGAGAAAGCCGCCUUUCCCGUGGAGCCAGGCAUUAACGCAAAACUCACGGGCAUGACUGCAGGUCCUCUGUCGCAAACCCAGUUAUCAUGUCACAGGAAGAAAGCAGGAAGUCCAACUUCCAAAGGGCUAGGACUCUCCACUCAGUGACUUAGGUCAGGAGUUAUUUCUAGGCCAGAAAAGCCAAAGAAUAUUCCAUUUUCCCUUUCUCGCAGUUGAAAACCACAUUCAGUGGAGACAAGUUUGAAGCCAGGUGAUGCCCAGGCAUUAGCAUUAUUGGAUGUUCGUGGCAUUGUUUGUCAUGCGGAUGUUUGUAGAAAUCUGGCCCAGAGCAUUUAUAGCUGUGAGAGGUCAUUCACACUGGCCACAGGACUCUGGCUACUGUCUGUUUAAAUUCUGAUGUUUCUGUGAAAUCCUCAGAGUGUUUAAUCCUGUUCAAUAGUAUCAUUACAAUUUUCUGUAAGAGAAAAUAUUACUUAUUUAUCCUAGUAUUCCUAACUUGUCGAUAUAAUAAAUACUGGAACCAAGACAUGGUGAACUUAA